UAUUAAUUGAAAAAUGGAGAAAUAUGGUUUAGAGAAGUGUAUUGAAGGUCAGGAAAAUGAGGUUAAUAGGGAGAUUAUUGAUUCUUUGGGAGACACAAGGAUUUGGAAGAUGAGUUUUGCGUGUUUAGAUAAGGUUGUAUACUUGAGAGUGAAGGAUAUAUUUGUGGAUAAAUUCAUAUCUUUUUAUUCUUCCAAAAAGCAGAUAUUACAGGAUGUCCGAUCUUUGCAUCAAUAUGGCUAUGCCAUUGAAGACUAUGAUUUCUUCCAGCUUCGCCCAUCUUAUUUCAUUUCUGUUUUAUCUUCAAAGGCGAAUUCUAUUCCAGGGUGUCUUUCAAAAUUACACACAAGAAUUGGGAGUCAAAACAAUGCUUUGAACAUGAAGAAUAGGUUUAACCAAAGACUCAUUUAUAAAAUGUGAGGUCUGACAAUCAGGAGCUUCUGUAUCUGUAAUUUUGAACUAGAUUUGAAACAUGUGGCUAAAAUAAUCAUUUGCGGCAGAAGGUGUGAGAGUAUUUCCUUCGAGAACCUUCAUGUCCAUUUCCAAAAAUUUCCAAAGAAUUUUUUGAAUUAUAAUCACAAUAUUGAUUUAAGCAUUAAGCUAAAAUCAAUUCUCUUCAAUAGCUGUACGCCAAGGCCGAUAGAGAGUAUGGAAGCCUCUUAUAAAAUAGUUUGCACAGUUAUGAGAUCCAUACUUGACUCCCAACUUCUCAGAACACUCAGUAUUGUAACUUUUAAUGGCCUACCUAAAGAAAACUCAUGGCGUUCUCUUAAUGAUAUACUUGCAUAUAACAACGUGGUGGUAAAGCAUUGAUGGGACAGUACCGAAGUAAAGGUUAAGUUCAACUAGCAAAUUAUUGAGCGCCAUUUCAAUA